AUGGCCUCUGUUGUCCCAAUGCGCGCCCUGCGCGUCCUGCGCGCCUCCCGAACGCCUCCCGGCCACGCUGCCACUACGUCGGCCGUCGGUUUCCCCUGCUGGGCCGCCGUCGCUGUCCGCUACGCCUCUUCGACCUCGUCCUCCUCCUCACAACCAGUCGCCACCACGACUGCGGCCACAUCCACCACCAUCACCACCACCACCGCCGCUCCCGUCCUCGCUCACAAUGCCGCUAACCCCCCUGAGACCACGCGGCCGCCACCUUUGCACCUGCCUGUCCGCGGUCCCGACUCCUCUGCCCUGUCCCAUCUGAUGGCCUCCGGAAAGGCCUACCUCGCCUUCUACAAGACCGGCCUGCGUUACCUCUACGCCAACUGGAAGCUCGUGCGUGCCCUCUCGCCUGCCACCAGUUCCGACAUCGGCACCCGCUCCGAUCUCCUUCUGCGCCGUCGCUGGAGCCACGAUCUUCGCCGCCUGCCGCUCUUUGCCGUCCUGCUGCUUGUCUGUGGCGAAUGCACUCCCCUCGUCGUCAUCGCCUUUCCUCACGUCGUCCCCUAUCCUUGCCGCAUCCCUAGACAGGUUGACAAGUUGCAGCGCCUCGCCGAGAAGCGCCGUCACGCCGCCUUUGGCGACCCUCACGCCAGCUCGCCUGUCCUCAUUGCCCGCAGCCUCGGCCUCGUCUCUCCCCUCUGGGACCGUCUCGGCUGGAUCCCUGACUCUAUUACCCGCUCCGCCACCACCCGCCGCCUGCGCUUCCUCGCCCAGGACGACGCCCUCCUGCGCCAAAGCGGUGGCGUUCCUGCCCUUGAGCCUGCCGAGAUCGUCCUCGCCUGCAUCGAUCGCGGCCUCGAUGUCCGCGGCCUCUCGGACGACCACCUGCGCCAACUCCUGGCCGCUUGGCUGCACCACACCGCAUCGUCAGACCCCGGAUUUGACCAGCGCAUCGCUCUGCUCACCAAACGGCCCAAUGAGUGGCCAGAGGUCGAGUGA